UUCACUGGCUCAAUGGAGUGCCCAUCUCUUUCUGUACUUUUUGACAAUCCGUGUAAUAUGUAAACAAAUAAACAAGGCUCAAACUGUCAUUGAACGCGUGCGGCAGUUUUAUUUGAUUGUUUACAAAUUACUGAAUAAAAUUGUAGUACAAAAUGUUACGUAGCUUUCUCAUAACGACUAGAAUAUUUGCAAAAUCAACCUUUUCGAUAGCUGCUGGCUCGAUUGGUGUGAGACAUCAUAGGCUAACGGGAACAUUAUGGAAACAGUACACAAAUCUUCCGCACAGUCAAGAGCUACCGGAACAAAAGACCGAUGGUAAAGGAACGGUAAAGUCUAGCACCACACCUACGAUCGAUUUGGAAAAGCGAAGAAAAGUCCUCGAGCUAGAAAUAGAGGUGAUGCGCCAGGAAGGUAGAAAGGUACCAUCGGUUUCAACAAUCAAACCAGACCAAUGGGAACAUCUCUUGAAUUUAUCAUCCCGAAAUCAACGGCGUCAUUACUAUCUAUACCUGUGGAACGUUGAGAUGGUUCGUUUGGGACAGAAAAUUAAGAAAGAACGCAAACAGGAAGAGGUAGCCAAACGACGCGAGGAACUUUUGAAGGCGAAUGCGGAAAAUGAUCACAUUGUUUACGGGCUCUUUCACAACUCCAUGUUCCUGCGGAUAUACGAUUCGACAAUGGAUCACUUUCAUAAUAACCGGCUCGUUCAAGCGAUGCAGUUUGGCGUCAAUCUCGUGAUCGAUUGUUCGUACGAUGAUUACAUGAACGAUAAGGAAAUGCGUAACACGGCGAAGCAGCUGAUGCUGUGCUUUGCACUAAAUCGUACCCACGCGGAACCAUUCAACAUUCACCAUUGCAAUGCCAACUUUGACAAAACGACGAUGAAACAGCUCGAAAAGCAUCUAGUGCAACUGCGCCAACCAGAAUUCCCGUUUAACAUUACCGAACGUAGCUACAUGGAUCUGUUUCCCAAGGAACGGCUCGUCUACCUGACGCCCCAUUGCAAGACCGAUCUCACAGAGUUCAAUCCCGACGAUGUCUACAUUAUCGGUGCGAUGGUAGAUAAAUCUUCGCAGGAACCCGUUUCUCUAGGAAAGGCAAAGAAACUAGGCCUUCGAAUGGCACGACUCCCGCUGGACAAUUAUUUUCAAUUUAAAAGCGGAAAAUCACUUACGAUCGAUCAAAUGUUAGCGAUCAUGCUGGAGCUGAAGACAAGUAAUGAUUUCGGAAAAGCGUUCCAGUUCGUACCACGCCGGAAGGUAACAACGUAUGAUGAAACUGCAGCCAAAGAGCAGGAAAUGCGUGAGGCAGCUAAAUUCAAGUUUAGCUUCCAACGAACCAACGAUAAAAAGAACAGUAGAAAACCACGGUAGGAUGUGACACUGUAUUGCUAUGUAAGAUUAAAGUUAGUCUAACAUGCCGGAUGUAGCAGGAGAGUAGUCCCGGUCAAUUAUGUCGUCA